GUUGUAAUUAGUGACGACCACCUGAUUUUCUGUGCUCCGCGAGACCGUGGCGUGAACUGGAUGUACACGCUUGCGGAUUAUUAUUAUUAUUAUUAUUUUUUUAACUCUUUGGUUACUGACUCAUUGUGGAUAUUGAGCCAAAAAUACCGGAUACGGUGAUUGACAGAGUCGAAAGCUUUGGCCAGGUCGAUGAAGACGGCUGCACAGUACUGUCUUUAACCGAUGGCAGUUAUAUCUCUGGAGAGACCUGAAAAUAGAUGUCCAGCAAAGUUCCCCAUCCAACCUUAGAGCUUGAGAGGAUCUGCAGAAAAGAAUGGGAAACUCUCCAAAUACAGGUGUGCCAAGCUUGUAGCAGCAUACCCAAGAAGACUCGAGGCUGUAAUCUCUGCCAACGGUGCUUCAACAAAGUACUGAGUAAAGGGACUGUGAUAUGGACUUGUGAGGAAUGAGAUGGUAAAACCUUAUGGAUGUCUUGUUGCAUUACAAAAGCAUUGAUGGCAGCUUGAAAAUCUUAGUGGACAAAACAGAAAAGGCCUUGGAGGACUUCCCCUGUCGUGUUUUGCCUAUAUUUACGCCAUGGUUCCCACCUGAAAGUGACAAAUUGCUGCCAAUUAGACCCUUAAAGUCACCGCCGAUAAUUUCUCUGGAAGAUUUGGAAACUAUCCAAACACAUCUGCAGUCUGCUGAGCCAUUACUAACAUCCCAUCCCUGUGCUGAAAGCAUUCAGAACUUGGCUCUAACCAGUUUGGGGAGAUCCACCUUGCAUGUACAGGCAUGCUCUGAGAUUGGAACAUCAGCACAGCAUAAAGAUACUCUCCAUAGUGAGAGGGAAGUAAAAAGAUCAUGGAGUGUUUUUUCCCAGAGAGGUUUAUACAUUCACAACACUCAAACAUUCUCCAAACAAUUCCACAAGGUUGUUUGGAGGCACGGCCUUCACAUGCGCCAGAGAGCAAAAUGGGUUAUUGACAAACUGAACUUUGUCACUGGAGACAUAGAACAUACAUGGAGAGGACUGAACCGGGCCAUCAGGAACUCCAUGCUUCCAACUUGCAAUGCCAACAUUCAGAGGGAUCUGACACAAAUCUGUGUGUUCUGCGAUGUAUUAUACUGUGAAUAUGUUGGAAAUUAUUUAAAGGAAGAAUUUCAAGUCACUGGACAGAUCACUUUAUUUGUUCAUAGACUUGGAGACAUUUUCACUUUAUAGAAAUUAGUGGUUGUCAGAAUUUGAUCUGUGUGUCCCUGCCAUCUAUUUUGUUAACUGUAGUAGGCAGGUUUCCAUUGACUCCGGUGUAUUCGAUUCUAAAGCAAUGUCACAAAAUAAAUCUGAGACGUGUGUAAUGGAAACAGCAGAUAGGAGACAUUUUUUAACCACAUUUUUCUCCAUUUGACAGGGGUGGAUUAUUCUUCUGUCAAACUUUUAUUGCGGAAAAUUAUGCUGGAAACUUUUUCGAAUAAAUGAUGAUUGCCAAAUCAUUUGGAAGGUAUGCAGAGAACUUGAUGUCACCACAUAACUAUAAAGCUCCACUCCUCAAUUGAAUUCUAAAUGCCUACAUCUUGCAAAAUAAACAUAAUUCAACUAUAAAAA